AUGGAAUUGCAGCACCGUAACUCAUCAUCUCCACAAUGUUCCUCAAAUUCAAACUCCACCUCCUCAUCUUCCAUCACCACCAACCCUAACAACAGAAUCAACAACAACAACAACAACGAUCCUAUGCACUCUUGGUGGGAAUCGGUCUCCAAAGCACGUUCCCGCAUCCAUUCCCUCGCUUCCAUCCUCCCUAACCAUCACCAAACUCUCUCCUCCCUCGCUGACUCCGAACGUCCUGCUCUCUCCCUACUCUCCUCCCCUUCUGCCUACUCCGCCCUCUCUUCUUCCCUCUCCGGUUCCCACUCCGAUCCCCUCUGUCACUGGCUCUACGACACUUUCCUCUCCUCCGACCCUCACCUCCGCCUCGUUGUUCUCUCCUUCAUCCCUCUCCUCUCCGGUCUUUACCUAUCCCGUGUUCACUCCUCGGAUCCCCCUUCCCUCGCCGGUUUCGAAGCUGUUCUCCUCGCUCUCUAUGCCUCCGAAACCAAAUCGCGCGCUGGUAAACCUCUUCUUGUUACAAUCCCCGAUCUCUCUCUUCCUUCCAUCUACCAUUCUCCUCUCCGUAAAAACCCAAUAUAA